UAACUGUAAUCUGUCCAGCCUCCUUUAUGGUCAAACUAACACAUUGCUUUAACUGCUCAUACUUUCCAGAAGGAGAGAUUGCAGAAAUAGGCAGUGUUGAAACAAGUCAUUGUCCCCUCAUUAGUUAUAAGCUGGGUAACACAAGCACCUAUUUUUCUCUGGGAUUUUUAAAUUAAUCAUCAAAUCUGAAUUCCACAGCAGUUGUGCUUUCAUACAGCUGAGAACUGACCAGUGUAAAUAUCUGUCUGUAUUUUCCCCAGGGCAGAGGUGGAUGGGGUUUCAACUUAUUGACACAUCCCCUUUGCUGAUUCAUUGAUCUAACCAGACUUAAAUAAAGGAGGGGAAGUAAACCCACUCUAGUCUGCAGCUGCAACACAGAGCUAUACAAUUUCAGCAUCACUGGACCAAACUGACAAAGAAUUAUGAAGUGGAAUUUAUCUUGUGUGUUCAUUUUCUGUUCCUUUGUGCUUCCUCUGAUUCAUGCCCAGUGCCCAGCAGAAUGUAGAUGCCUGAGACCUGGCCAAGUAGACUGUUCUGGAUCAGAUGUUACUGAAAUUCCAAGUUCUAUUCCACAGAACAUCAGAACUCUGCAGAUAAUAAACACAGAAGUCACAGAGCUACGUGAUGGCAUUUUACAGAACAUGACGGCAUUACUCAUACUGAGGAUUGAAAAAAGUGAGCUCUCAACCAUAGGAUCCAAUGCAUUAUCCAAUCUUAUUUCACUCCGGUAUCUUAGUCUGUCCAAUAACAAGCUGCAAAAACUACAUAGCAAUUUAUUUAAGGAUUUGGGCAAACUAGAAACCCUUAUUUUGUCAAACAAUCAGAUUAGUCGGAUCCAUUCUUCCCUGCUUGCGCCACUAAUCAAUGUAAAAGAACUUCAGCUUUUGGGAAACAAUCUGCAGUCUGUUCCAGAUCGAGCGUUUGACCAAUUGAGUGGUCUUCUUAAACUUAAUUUAGCUAAAAACAGCAUAACAAAUCUACCAGCUCAUGCUUUGGAUAAAGCUACUAAACUCCAAACCCUAAGACUGUAUGAGAAUCAGCUCAAAGGCAUUCCAGUUGGAUUUCUCAGCAAACUUAACAACCUACAGGAAAUUGGACUAUAUAGCAAUCAGAUCAGCCACUUACCAUCUGACACUUUUUCAAACAACCCAUAUUUACAAAAAGUGUUUUUGUCUAGCAAUCAGAUAACAGAAUUGCCCAAGGGCUUAUUUGUAAACUUGCCAGAAGUAUCAAAGCUUACAUUGUAUGGAAAUGCAAUAAGGGAAAUUCCUUCAGAUGUAUUUGGACCAAUGCCAAAGCUUAGGGAGCUAUGGCUGUAUGAAAAUCAAAUUGAAAACCUUGUAGACAAUGCGUUCAGUAAUUUAUCCAAUGUACAACUGCUGAUUCUGAGCAAGAAUCAAAUUCAUUCUAUUUCUACUAAAGCUUUCAGUGGAUUGGAGGAGCUCCUUGAGCUUUCUCUGCAUACAAAUACUCUUACCACUCUUGAUGAAGAUGUUCUCAGAAACCUUCCCAAAUUACAGAAUAUUUCUCUUCAGAAUAACAAAAUUAAUAAUCUUCCUGAAGGUCUCUUUACUGACAUGAGUACUGUGAUGAAUAUUCAGCUGCAAAAUAACUCACUGGAGAGUCUACCAGAAGGAAUAUUUGAUUCACUGGUGCAUCUAAAUGAGGUUAAACUUUAUGAAAAUCCAUGGAAAUGUGACCAUGAUCUGCUACCUCUUAAAAAAUGGAUUUCUCAAAAUAAGAACCGACUUGGGAACCAUAGCCAAGUUGUCUGUGAUAACCCUCCUUUCCAGGGAAUGGCCAUUUCGGAAUUAAGUGAGGAACAAUUAACAGUUGAGAUAUCCACCAACUUCCCUGACACCUUUUUCACUGAUGCAUCCAGCCCCACUAUUGAAGAAACACUCCCCACUUCUUCUAAAGAUCCUGAUCUGCCAGAAACAAAUUCAAAGUCUUCGGUGACAAAUAUGGGAGGAAGUGCGAGUUAUACUUCUUCUUAUGAACUCACAGAUGCUCCUGUUGAAAGAAAUGAAGAAACGCAUGGACAAUUAUUAGGUGGUGUUGUGGUUGCUAUAAUAGUUUUAUGCUGUGUGGCACUUGUUUCAAUUGCCAUUGCCUGCAUAUUGUACGCCAGGAAAAAGAAAAAUCAUGUGGUCCUAAUGAGGAUGAAAAAACAGAAUGAAGCAUGAUUAAAAGUAAAUGCAUAAAAAAAACGUUACUAUUCUUGGAUGCCAUUAACAAGAAAUGGACAGAUAAGUCAAAUGACUUGAAUAAAAAAUGUCUUCAGUAUGGCAUGUCUACUAGUUUGAAAAAGUAAACAGAGAUUCACAUACAUCUUAAGGAUCUAUUAUCAACCAUUGGGUUACUUUUGAGAUUAGUAUUUUAUAAAUAAUCUACAAUAUCAAUAUUUAAAUGAAGCUUUGAACAAACAGAAAUGCUUUAUACAUGUCAGCCUGUGGUCAGUUUUUUUCAUCUGAACUAUUAAAGAUUUAUGAACUUGGCACCUACAUGACAUCAAAUACCAAAUAAGUGUUCUUUAUGAUUGUAGUUUGUAUGCAAAUCUGAAUGUAUACUGUCCUUGUUGCAGAAGGUUCAUAUUAAGUAGAUGGUACUAGCAUUUUAGCAUGCUUUUAAAUUUGAUUAGAGGUAAAAUCAAGCAAAUGUUUAUGACCUUUUUCGGGAAUUGAAGCCUAAGCAUCACUCAAGCACUGAUGUUUACUCCAUUUUAGAGGAGUACACAUCUUAGAUUAUUAUUUUAUUUUAUUCUUUAAUAGGUUGUGAAGACCAUGGGGCCUAUUUAUAAUGGUGCAAGCGGACAUGAUCUGCACAUCGAUAAAUGCCGACAACAUACGCUCAAAGCAUUUAUCAUUGCACCAGCAGUUCUUGUAAACUGCUGGUGCAAUACCGCCCCCUGCAGAUUCGCGGACAAUCGGCCGCUAGCAGGGGUUUCAAUCAACCUGAUCGUAUUCGAUCGGGUUGAUUUCUGUCGAUUUCUGUCCGCCGCCUCAGAGCAGGCGGACAUGUUAUGGGGCAGCGAUCUUUAGACACCGGGCAUCAAGCUCCAUAUGUAUAUAUUGAUACAGCUGCUUUCAAAGCAAUAUAAUUUUUAAUCUUAAAGAGAUUAAAAAAGGUAAAUUGUAUGUUUGAAUCUAGAGGGAAGCUUGCUAGACUGUUUUUUUUUCCAAGUAAAGUUCAGUCUUUUUAUGGAUAUGUACUUUAAAAGCAGCUGUAACUGCAGUUACAUUAUUUUAAAUACUUUUCUCAGCACUUCUUUAUCAGCAUCUAUUUGGAUUGAGAAUAUAUUCGUCUAUUGCAAUUUGAAGCUCAAAAAUAUAUCUUGAUCUCAUAUAUAGAAUAGGGUUGGUAUAAGAUAAAACAUAUUUUCUUUAUCAGAGAUAAAGGAUAGUAAUAAUUCCACAGUUUAAUAAAUACUAAUACAUUUUGUUAGCAAAGAAGAAUGUUACUUUUAUGUGUAGGAAUUAUAUAUUUAUAUAUAAAUGUAUGUAUAUGUCUUUGUUCAUAUUGACUAAUCUAUUACUAAAACAAUAUAGAAGUAAUAACUUCUUCAGGAAGCCUCACAUAAAGCAGUUAUUCAGAUACAUUAAAACAUAGUAACUUGGGCAGUACCAUAUAGACACACCUCCAAAAGAGUGCUUACUCAGUCAGUGGUCUCUUCUGUUGUGAGAUUAACACAUAGUCACCCUAUGAUCCUUCUGUGCAGCAAAUUCUGUGAUGGACAGAGGUGACAUUACCCAUAUGUCCAUGUGAGAUAUAAUAUCACUUCUUCAUUAUUAAACACUUUGAUGUUGAAGAUAGGGAGGCAUAACGCACCCCAGACGUGGGUGCAACAAGGCUGCAUGCCACCAAACAGCUAGUAAAAUUUGCUGGAACUCUAUAGUCUCCCAUGCUUGGUACAGGCCUUCUGAGUUAACCAUGUGCUAUCUAGAUUAAUUUAAACGUGAUAUUCUUUAAAGUAACUAUUGUCAUAAGUGUGAAAUUUAGUUUUUGUUGUAGUUCCAGUAGCCUCCCACAUCUAUUAGUUUAAACAUAGUGUCAGAAAAAAUAUAUUUUCACAUUGUCCAUAUGGUAACGUAGUGUCAGGAUCAGUCAAACUUUUCCUGCUUUCAUGGAUGUUAGAAUUUAUUGUUCGCAGAGAUAAAUACAUAGUUUCAGAGCCCUCCCAUACUAUUUCCUUCAAACCUGAGCCUCAAUCACAAUCUAUGACAUGAUUAUUAUUUUUUACUUGAAGUUUUCACAAUCAUGGAUUAUUAAGAGGUUUUUGGUGCCAAAAACAUGUUAUUGACUCAUCAAUAAAUGCCCUAUAUAGUCAUAUUUAAGGUACUAACAAUGCAAUGUUUCAAAACUUUUUGACAGGUUUCUGGGACCAUAUUUUACUUAUUUACUUUGAUACCUAAAGGGACUUGAUUAAUUAUAACAUGUUCCUUUUCCACAUAUUUGCAAGUAUUCCAUUAUGUUUUUGAAUAGUUAUAUUAUGUUGCGCAUGUGCAAUACACUCUGAAAUUGUUACUAACAUCAUUUUAGAUGUAUAUACAACUAUAUGGUCUUGAUACAUUUAACUUUAUUCAUCAUUAUUUUAUAGUCUGUUGGUACUGGUCAGGACAGACAUUUACAUAUUUAUAAGUAUUUAAUACAUGAUAUCUUCUAUAGCUAUAUCUGCAGGAUAUGCAAGAAAAUGGAAAUCAUGACUGCAACAUCUAGAAAUGGCUUUUAGCAAUUGCGUUCUUAUAAUGUUUAUUUUAUUUCAUAUUCCCAUUUUUGUGAUUGCAGUUCUUACUUCUUUUUUUUUUUUUUAAAAAGUCAUGAUUUAAAAUAUAUUUAAUAUUGUGUUUUUACAAUUUGUUUUUUAAACAUAUAAAACAUGCCAGAAUGUUUUUUAAUAGAUUCUUAUUAAUAAUAAUUUUUACGUUAUUCAGAAAAGACCAUCCUUAUACAAUACUGUGAGGUUUGAAACUACUGGCAGUAAUUUAAAUCUCAUAAAUUUAAAUGAUUUACAGUAUGAAAAUUGUUGAAAUCCUGUUAUAGAAGGUGAUAUCAGUUGUAGCCACUUUUUUUCUUGCAGAAAAUAAAAAUAAUUUUAGAUGAAAAUCAUUAAAUAAAAAAAUUAUGUUUUCUCAAUCAAGGAAAACAAUUUUUUUUUUUUUAAGUAUUACGUUAAAAAAAGUAAUUGAGCACAUAUGACCAAUAUACCCAUCAUGCCCAUAUACAAAUAACAUUCACAUUGUUUUAUCAGUUAGUCAAGAUGUAUCUUAUGCAAAAUAGUCUUUAGAGGCUUCACAAUUAGGGUGUAUUUGGCUAGAGUUGCUUAAAUAUUUUAAAAUGAAAAUAAUUUCGCAUUAUUUAACAUAUACAUAACUGACAGCAAAUGAAUAUAUCUGGUGACUCUUUAGGUAAUUCACAAAUGUUCUAUAUAAGGUGUACAUUUCUACUUUUUAAGGUUUUCCUUUAUGUCUUUGAUGUGUCUCUAGUAACAAAAUAUUUUGCAGUACUUACAUUUGUAUUUUGUAUUAUGAUUUUAUAUGUUUCCGUACCUGUAUGUAAGAUGUUAUUUUUAUUUUUUAAUAAAAGUUAGAUUUUUUACAACCUUU